AUGCCAGUGCAGCUUUUCAACCUCUCGACGCUUUAAUUUAAGACAAUAACUUUACUCUGGUACACGCUUUGUCCAGUUGAGUUACUUUCAACAAAGCAUGGAGUAAUCAAUGUUAAACGGAUCUCUCCUAUCGAAUUACCCUUUUUUUCCAUCAUUUCUUCACCCAGUCCAACGGUUAUAAGCCCCAACCACUGGACUUGUCUGCAAUUCGACUCUCCUCGCGUUUGGAAACCUUGGUUGAUGAGUUGGCCGAAAAUACACACAACAUUUGGGCCAAAGAUCGAAUUAGUCAAGGCUGGACCUAUGGAUCGACUGAAGACAAUGCCCAAAAACGAAGUCCACACCUGGUGCCUUAUUCUGAAGUGAACAGCAGUAUCAAGAAGUUGAAUCGUGAAUCGGCUACUGACGCUGUGAAGACCCUUCUGGCUUACGGAUACGUUAUUGAACCUGUGUCUGGUGAAUCGGAGCAAACCCGUGAAAAUCCAUUGGAUGUGUUGGAGGAAGCAACCAUGAAUUAUCGAGCGGCUUCCUCAAAGGCGGUAACCCGUGGAAAGUGGUAUUAUGAGGUUGAGAUCCUUACCUAUGGAAUGGUUCGAAUUGGUUGGGCAACCAAAAAUGCUCCUGCAGCCACCACAAUCGGCAUGAGUGGAUCGUCCUACUCUUUUGCUCCGGAACAGGUACUUUCUCAUAAGAAUUUCCUUAUCAAUAGGAUAUUGUGUGUGUAUCAUUUAUUUAUUUCAAAUGGCGGGCUUCAUGUUACUUAUCGUCUGCGCGUUAGCUGA